AUGGCAAAGUCACGGAAAGAGGCAGAGAGCGAAGUUCGGUCGUGGGGGUUCGGCCAUGUUUUCACGUGGACAGAUGGCCCCAAUGCUCACUACCCGCCGCACAAGCACAGCGGCAAAACCACACACCUGGUCCUGGACGGCUCCCUAACAUACACCUACCCUGAUGAGCCUGGUGCCAAGAAGGAGACUGUCGGUCCUGGCGCGCGAUGGGACGUCGAUGCGCAAAAGGUGCAUGAAGUUUGGGUUGGCAGCCAAGGAUGUACCUAUGUCAUUGGAGAAUAG